CAGUUAUUCUUAUGUAGUUAGUAGAGAGACGCAGUACCUUCUUUAAAAAUACAGUAUGGAAGUUAAAACAUUUAUGUUGAUAUAUCUUUGUUUCACGUGUUUGUUUCCAGCAGUUGGUAGUGUUCCUAUUAAGGCUGCUUUGAAGAUUGGAGCAAAGGUUUAUAAUGUAGUGGAGUUUGGUAUGAGUGUAAUGGGAAUUAUUGAUAACUUGAAAUCGGGUGAAACGCCUUCCGAUUUAAGUGAAAUUAUUGACGAAGUAAGUGCAAAAAUUGAUGCUUCGACAACGGCAAUUAUAAAAACAGUUACGCUUCAAUCCAAACUGGAUCGCAUAGAUGAUGCUGUAAUCAAUAUACACAGCUCCUUAAUCGACCUCAAACAUAUUUUACAGGCAACCACAAAGAAAGACAGAGACCAGUACAUACAGUUAUUUGCGGCUCGUUUUGAAGAACACCAUCUCGUCAAGCACUUGCGUUUUCUGCCAGAACUUCUCGAAUAUACCAUACCUGGAACCACGGGGAAAUUGGUAGACUUGUUUGCAGACCAAUCACGAUGCAAUAUGACAGCGAUUUAUGCCUUUAGAACAUUUUACAUUGAACUGAUUUCAGAUGGUAUUUCACUUGAGCUUCUGUAUUUAAAAUUAAGUACAGACGUUUCCAUAAAUGAAGUGUUGGAGCAAUGGAAUCCUUCUUUAGUAAAAAUAGGGCAAAUCUUUGAAACUCAAGAAACCAAAUGCAAGAGCAAGUUCGAAAUGUAUGCAGAGGAAGAUCUUCGAAACGCUAAUGACGCAUUAAAACUGUGGACUGAUAACAAAAUAAGAUAUACGUGGAAAACUUCAGACGUCAUUUUUUUGAAACCGUAUGGAACUUUACAGUUCCUGUAUUACAGUCACAGGUGUAACUCUCUUUUCUGGCAUAGAACAAACAGAAACAAAUUCGCCAUAUUUUCAGACAAAGAUCAGACAAAACCCAAUUUGAAAAUACUGCAAAAUGUCGAAGGAAAGUUGAAAGCUUCUAUACAAGGCGAAUGGGAUGAAAAUGCUGCGAAAAAUGUUGGAAAUGCCAUUGAAAAUCAUUUGAAGGACAAAGGAUAUAUCAUUAUCAGUUUGAUAGUGUUCUUCGAAGGAGGAGACAUUUCUUCAGAACGAAUCAAAGUGGAUACAAAUUCUCCCGUCAUACAACUUUCGAUCGGAGACGUCAAACUGCGCUACUGCUAUGAAAGUGGUUUCGAGUGUAAAGUCGACUUCUUCAACUGGUUUGGUGGAAAGAAAAGCGUGUACGGACGCAUGAGGGCAUUUGCCUAUACUGCAAAGGCGAAUGGUUUUGAAAACUGUCAAGAGCUUAAGACAGGAUCAAGUACACAAAAUGAACCCUUCAUAAAACUCGUUUAUAUUCUUCUAAUAUUAUGUUUAGAAGUUUUAAGAAAAAUAUAAUAUGCGCAUACAUGCCCAGUGUUCACAAUAUAUUUUCAGUCUUAGCUGAGUUUGAGUUUGAGAUUUUAAUAUCAACUUAACCAAAUCUUUAAUGUUAGUUUCCAACUAAGACUAACAUCAAUACUGAAUUGUCACAUGAAAAUAAUUAAUGACGUAAAAUUUAGUUUUAAAUAUGCUAUUUAGAUAUGAAAUUAGAAUGACAAAAUAAAGUUGCAUUAUCAAACUCAGCUGAGACUGAAAAUGUUUUGUGAACACGGGGCCAAGUUGGGUUUGUCAAUCCGUGUAAAAUAUCCGCAAACGUCAUUCCAGUGCACAAGUCAUUGGAUGCAGAUGUACAUGAGAAUAUCACGCUCAAAGAUAACCAUUUCGGCGGUGACAUAAUUCUGCAUCUACAACUAUAGAAUAAAUAAAGCAAACGAAAUAUAUUAGCGCACUCUCUAAAUGUAGCGUAUUUAAACAAACCGGAUUUCGAAUAAGUUUAUUAGGUUUAUCAUUUGUACCGUAAAGUUGUGUUAAGUUCCUGAUUCAAAAUUUAGAAUAGAAUUAACAAAAAAAAAAUCCAAAGUAUAUGAUUGCCUAUUCACAAAGAAUUUAGAAGCAUUGCAUAAUUCUAAGUUGUCACUAACAGCACAAGAGUCAUCUGAUAUUGGGUGCCAGAUGGGUGUUGCCAGCAUAGGUAAAGUCCAAGGAACGCUUAAACGACUAGAUGAUUUUUGGCAAUUUGGCCUUGAUGUGUUUUAUUUACCUGUAACUGUUACAGGUGUUCACUCUUUGUAUUCGUCGUCAUGAAGUGAACCAUUUUUUAAAAUUAAAUCUAGAGAUUUUUGUUGUUGUAGAACGACAAAUCUGUACGUGUUUUUUUUCUGUUGACCACCAUUAGAUGCAAAAUGUAGUAAAAAUUGUCAAAAUAAGUUUAGAAAAGUCUUUAAUAUGUGAUUUAUUUUUUCUUCACUUGUUUAAUGUAUCAACAUCUUUCACUUAAUAUGGAAUGAAAUAUGAGAUUGCUAAAACUGGCUAAAACGGUAGAAUUUAUAGUAAUCCGGUGUUACUAUUCAGAGCAACCGCUUAAAAAUAUACUCACAGUUAAUAUCAUUUACGAAUUCAAGUAAUUUGCAACUGCUUUCAAUUAACCUGAAGUAAUUGUUUCUAUGGACCAUUGCAAACUGUUUUGUUUCUAUUUUUAAUGUUUAAAUGUUAUUAUCUAUACAGUGUAACUUCCGACAACCGAACGACCUCCGGACCAGCCUGAAAGUUCGGUAUUUGGAAGUUUCCGGAAUUCAGAAGUUUGAAAGUUUGUAGGCAAAGUGGACAUGGUGCACAAAGAGUUAUGUUUUCUUACACGUAGGAUGAAGGAGAUUAUUAUCCUUUAUAAUUUUACAAGUUUAUAUAAAGUAAUUGAUUAAUUGAUUAUUCAAUUAAUAAUUACAAACAUUCAGGAUAAUAAAUAUAUAAAUAACAAAUAAAAAACGUAUUUUUCAUAAUAGCAUUUACGCAAGCAUUUUCCACUUACAUUUUACCAUAUUUGGAGUCUCGAGUUUGUCAAUAUUUAAUUAGUGUUGAUAAUGCAAGUUUAAUCAAUGUAACUAAACCAAUUAAAACACCGCUCUUUCUUUAAUUAAAACUUUUUCACACGUAAGAUAUUUAAUUCAUCAUGUUUUCAUAAGUGUAAUACAAAUGAAUGUAAUCGCCGAUUACUUCAUUACUUUUGCAUCUAAUGAUCAUUGUACGUGAUUAUAAGCGUGUCAAAAUAAACGCAUGCCGCUAAGAGAUAAACAAAAGAACAUGCUGAAAACUUGCAAAGGGCGUUUUUUGAUUAACAGGUGACACUUUUAAUACGGCAAAUAUUUUGCUGUUCGGUUUUUGGAAGUCAAUUUUAGUGUUAAAAUAUAAACGGUCCUUCAAAACCUGUCCGGUUUUCAGAAUUCGGAAGUUCCAGUUUUCAGAAGUUAAAAAUAUAUAGAAAUAAGAGCAGAAAAAACGGGACUUUGAGUUUCGUGAGGUUUUCAAAGGUUUCCGGUUUUCAGAAGGUCCGGUUUUCGGAAGUUUAUAUAUAUCUGUAACAUUGACACUUCUUUCUCUUUUUGAUGUUUAAACGUAAUUAUCUAUAUAUAUCUUUAACAUUGACUUGUUUCUAUUUUCAAUGUUUAAACUGUACCAAAUGAACAUGAAAAAAAUGACACGCUUUAGGGACGAAUAUUUAUAUAUUUGUGGUUGCCUAACUUAUGUGUGAAAGUAUUUAAGUUUGCAUAUUUCAACAUUUGUAAGCCUGCACUGUAACUUUUCGAUUAUUUGUCUGUUUUUUGCAUUUUUUGUUUUGUUUUGUACGUGAAUUACGCAUACAUGUUAGCGUAAUAUGGUUUUCGAAUGCACAUGCAUCUUGUUAAAACUGCUUCUAACAUUAAGAUAACUGAAUGUAUGGAUGACUAUGUAUUUGUCAAAUGUUUGACGUCGCGGGAGUGUAAUAAAGCCAUUACAUAAAAAUCAUAAUUCACUUGUGUAAUAAAGCUAUAACGUCGACGUCAUUUAUAGUAAAGGAGACGUUGGUCAAAUUGGCUUGUUUAUAUAAUAAAAGUGAGUAUAUGUUUCGACAGGAAAAGUUAACGUGUGAUAAAAAAUAUUACAUUCGUGACUUUCUACAUUGAUUUUAUUAAACACGUUGAAUAAAAUUGAUAAAAUGCCCGACAAAGCCCCGAAUUUAUCAUUUUAUUCAACGAGUUUAAUAAAUCCAGUCUGUAAAGACACUCUUACAUGUA